CAGAAAAGAGAAAAAAACAACGAGAGGGCUAAGCUACAAGCGUAGGCCGCAUAAGAAGAAAAAAAAAAAAAGAAAAAAAAAGGACCACUUUGAGAAGAACAAAAUGGGGAAGAAUUCGAGGCUAGAGAAUUGGCUACAGUACAGAGUGAGAGUGACUGUAAGUGACACGAGGUACUUCGUCGGCACCUUCCUCUCCUAUGAUAGGCACAUGAACGUAGUAUUAGUAGAUGCAGAAGAAUUCAGAAAGGUGAAAAGUAAGGAAAAUUCAUCCAAGGAAAUCAAACGAGUGAUCGGCUUGAUCCUCAUUCGAGGGGAAAACAUCGUCUCGUUUACAGCCGAGCGAGCACCUGUGAAUAAAAAAUCCAUGACGAACGCGCUGAACAAAGGAAUGGCCACAGGUAGAGGAAUCCCGAUGAAUAAUUAUGUGCCGCUUCAAAACAACUUCAAUCCAAAUAUGGCUAACCCCAUAAGUAAUAUGCCAACGGGAAUGGUCCUGAACUCUGCAACAUCCAAAAAUUUAGCGCCAGGAGUCAACCCUAAUUUUAGGGGCCCCAAUAUGCCCAUGGGCAGUCCACGACCAAUGAUGCCCAUGAACAUACCUAUGAAUCAGCCGCUGGGGAAUGCCGGCAAUGGUCAGCAGAGAUUGCUGCCUCAAAUUCCAAACCAAUUGCCGUUCCCCCCCAAUGUGAACUCCCCACCAGAACAGUGAUCUUGGGAGUGCUUGGUGAGAUGAUGUGAUGCAUAGAAUUUGUU